UGAAAGACAAUCGCAUCUCGGCACCGAAGGACAUCGCUUUAAAUUCAUUUCAAAGUGUUAAAGAAACAUUUAAACAAUGUCUUUUAUGAGUCUAAUGGAAAAAAAGGACAAUUCCAACUCUUCAAGAUAAUAAUGAAGAAAGAGCUUUGAGAAACAGAGAAAUAUGGAUUCAGUGGGAGUGAAUGUGAUUGAAACAGCUGCUCUUGGGAGACCCUUCCAGCUUGGCAUGCUGUAUGACUGCAGAAAGGACGAAUUAAUACCAGGGGUCAGACUGUGGAGUAAGGAGCAGCUGCAGCAGAAUAGUUCAUCUCAUUCCCAAAUUAAUACAAGGUUCAAUGUUACAGCUUCAGACUCCAUUCAGGACAAAUCUAAAAUACUAAAUAUUGAUGGUGGACUCAAACUGAGUCUUUUAGGUGAUCUCAUCCAUGUUAGUGGAGCAGCAAAGUAUCUUAAAGACACCAAGACGUCUUUUAAACAGCAGAGACUGACGCUACAUUAUCAUUCAACCAGCAGGUUUGAAGAACUGACCAUGAAUCAUUUGCCUCCUGGAAAUAAUGCUGCGGAUGAUGAUACGGCUACACACGUGGUGACAGCAGUGCUGUACGGAGCAGAUGCCUGCUUUGUUUUUGAUAGAGAGGUUUCCUCAAAUGAGGACAAAAAAACAGUAAAAGGUGAAGUUAAAGUGGCUCUUGAGAAACUACAAGGCAUCAUUUCAGUAGAUGCAAACGUUGAUCUAAACGUGAAUCACAGUCAGAAAACUGCAUUAAAAAAAUUCUCUUGUACAUUUUAUGGCGACUUCCAGCUACCGUCUAACCCGACCUCUUUUGAAGAUGCGUUGAAGGUUUUUGCUGAUCUUCCAAAACUGCUGAAAGAAAACCAAGAGCUGGCCGUUCCUCUGAGAGUUUGGCUUUAUCCUCUGGACAAACUUUACUCAAGAGCUUCAAAACUUCAUAAAGACAUUAGCAUGGAUCUAAUCAUGGAGUUUGAAUCGGUGAUUGAGAAUUUAAAUACAACAGAGAUGAAAUGCAGUGACCUUCUGAAAGACUCGCCUGCUCUGACUUUUGCUGCGUUUCAUGAUAAAAUUCAGCACAUGAACCACAACUGCUACAAAUACAAGUUGAGACUCGUGAAGACGCUCGGCUCUCUGCUGCCAAACAUCCGUGGAAAUGUGAUGAAGGAAACCGCACUGAAUGAUCUUCUACAAGAACAUGAUGAAUCUCCAUUCAGAGCUCCUGACCUUGCAGAAUGGCAGAAAUUAAGAGAGAAAGAGUCUAAUAUAAUUAACACAGUCCUCAGACAGCUGAACGAUGCUGGUGCACAGGUAGAAGUCAACCUAGAUGCCAUCUUGAUGGAUCUGGAAGUUGGAAAUCUGGUCCGCUACACAUUCACAUCUCUGGACUGCUCAGAUGCUCCCCUGAGUCCUUUAACACAAGGAGUAUCUGAUGAGAAGAAACCUGAUUCAAAGCAGAAGUCUUGGCUAACUCCUGAAAUCCAACAGAUCAUGAGAAGCAACUUAAAUAUAUUUAAGAAUUUGGUUGAUUCAAAAGACCGUGAACCAGCCAAGUUUAUUGUUUCUUCAAAUGAAAUGGAGAAUAAUCCAGGUUCUUGCAUUCUCCUCUAUGAAAAUGGAUGUAGUGAAGCUAUUUGCUUUAUUCCUUCAUCCAAACCAGCGUGUCCAGUCACUGAAGAGGUCAAAGAAAAUACUGUGAUUUUAAAGGUUCCUCCAUCAUGUCCUGCAACAGUGGAGCUCAGAUUACUGUAUAAACCGAAGCAGGACUCAGUCUGGACAUCUGAACCUAUGGUGAAGGACCAAAACACAGUUACUCUGACUGAUCUGAGAGAAGAAACUGAGUAUGACAUCAAGUGUGCAGCGGUGGGGAAACUUAACUACACCGUAGACAGUGAUGUCAUCCAUCUAAGGGUCAUAGAGAAGAAACUUAUCAUGGCAACAGAUUCUGUCAUUGAAAAUCUGAGUUUUACCGAAAACAAGUGCGGUGAACUUUUGCAAGACACCAGGAUAUCCGCAUUCAGUUCAUGCCACAAAAAGAUUGAAGAUAUGAGGAGAUACUGCCAAAUCUACAGACAAGAUUUCGAUAAGACAAUUAAUUCGCUGAUCCGGUCAAUUCAAGCCUGUGAGGAAGAAACUUGUGCUUUGACCAAUCUUCUACAAGCUCACAAGGAAUCUCCAUUCAACACACAGGAUCUUAUGGAGUGGAUAAAAGAGAAAGAGAAAGAAUUAAAUACAGUUGGGGAGUUUCUUCAGCAAUUAUUGGACUGUGGAGCUGAAGUGAAAAUUAGCUUAGACACAGUUUUGUCAGAUAUUAACGUGGAGAAUGUGGUUUGCUACGUGUUUAGUUCUCUUGACCAGCCAGACAAGCUACUUUCUGAACAAGAAAACUACCUGAAAACUCAAACAGUGUGGAAUAAUCCAGAAUUGUCUCCUCAUGCUUUGACGUGGCUCACUGGAACCAUCAGGGAGAAAAUGAGAGAACAUUUAAUAAUAUUUAAGGAGCUAAUGACGUCACAUGGCAGUCCGUCCACUAAAUUUAUAGUCUCCUCAAAGGAAAUGGAGAAUUAUCCUGGUUCCUGCAUUCUCCUUUAUAAACAUGGAUGUGAUGAAGCUGUUUGCUUUACUCGUCCAUCACAACCAGCAUUUCCAAUCACUGAAGAGGUCAAAGAUCAGAGUGUGGUUCUGAAGGUUCCUCCAUCAUGUCCUGCUACAGAGGAGCUCAGAUUACUGUAUAAACCUAAGCAGGACACAGUCUGGACAUCUGAACCUAUUUUGAAGGAUCAAGACACAGUUACUUUGACUGAUCUGAGACCAGGAACCGAGUAUGAGAUCAAGUGUGCAGCGGUGGGGAAACUCAACUAUACCGUAGACAGUGACAUGAUCAGAGUCAGCACAGAGCAAAGUACAACGGACCAAGCGAUUAAGAGUGUGAACAGAGAGGGGAUAGAGGAAUAUGAAAGAAAGGAGGAGGAGAUUAAGAAAAUCUGUCCUGAAACAGAUGAUCCAGUUCAGGGGGAAAAAAUGAACGUUGGAACAGAAGUCAGAGCAGAUCAACACCUACAACAGGAAGACACAAAACAAAUGGAUAAUCUGUUACGCAAACUUCAUCUUGAAGGCAACUGUCGCAAUAAACUGAGAGCUGCAGAUGUUCUUCAGUUAACAUCUGUAUAUUCAUUACAGUCCCAUGAGUCUUGUGCUGAAGAAGAGCUGAUUCAGACUUUCAUACAAAAACUACUGAUGAUGAACUACAGAGUGAGAUACAUUAAAACUAAAGAGACUGAAGAAGAUCACACUCAACAAAGAAACAAUAACUCAUCUGAAGACAAGGGUCAUGUUUUACAUGACAUAUCUUUGUCUAACAAAGGAACAAGUCAAUCUGAUCGCAUUCACCCGAUGGAUGUUCAAAUGGCUGCGUUUCAUUGUGCUGAUGGUUUACUGAAGCAGCUGAUGGUCACUAAACUGUCCCAGUGUCAGUACGCUCUGCCUCUGCUUGUUCCUGAUCCAUUCACACAACAGAUUGAGUUUCCUCUCUGGACAUUCAGACAAAUCAACAAGAGCUGGAAGAUGAGAAACACCAACAAUAAGACCAUCAGUCAAACCCAUCCGGUCUACAAUGCACAAACUCCAAUGGUGUCUUUCUUCAGGUUUGGCUCUGUGUCUUCAUCCAAGUCUCAUCUGAUGAACAGUCUGAUCAAUGAGAAACACAACACGUUCUUCCACAGGAACUGUCCAGGCAGCAGCAGAACCAGAGUCCUGAUGGAUGGAGUGGUGGAGAUCGCCUGGUUCUGCCCCUCUGGAUCAUAUGAAGAUAAAUACUCUGACUGUAUUGCGUUCUGUAAUCUACACGGUGAUGCAGGAGAUCAUGAGAAACAGCUGCAGAUCCUCACUGAAAUGGCCUCAGUCAAUGUUGUUCUUCUACCGCAACUUCAAAACAAUGACAAAAGUGCAACAAUAAUCCAAAACCUGUACAGAAACGGAAAGCCACUCAUUUGCAUUUUUAAUGAGGAUGAAUAUAUUGUAAUUGAGACGCAGAAAAGGAAAUUAAAUAUCAGUUUGAAAGACAGAAAUCAGUCAGAAGUAUCUGAAGAACUCAGAAGAGCCAUAAAUGAGUGUCUCUCAGAAACAUCUUCCACUUUCAGACUUGAAGAUGUGUCCAAACACUCAGACAUCAGAGUAGAUGAGGAAGAUGAUGAAGACUGCAGGAUAGGAAGAGAAGCAGCACAGCAGAUGAUGAGUUUACUGAAGGAUAAAGAUCUGAGAGAAAUCAAAGACUCAUUUCUGCCUCAUCAGGGGAAACUGUGGCGUCAGUGGAGUCAGAAGAACAAAGAACUACAUCGACCUCAAGCACACGAGACAGAAAUGGACAUCAGUAGAAAACAAACAGAAAUGCAGGAAAUCCGUCAACAGCAGCAUGAAUCUGACAUCAGUGUGUUUAUAAAAAUCUUUAUAAAACAAAUGAACUUACAUACUCAACGUGAGAAUGUGUUUUUCAUCAAAUGGCUUGGAAUCCUGCUGGAUGAACAUACAUCGGCUGAUCUUUCUGAGCAGAUCAAAGCUGAACAAGCAGAACUUGAGAGAAUAUCUGAGGAUCUUCAAGCUACAUCCUUUGGUCUGGAGCACAUCAUGAGGGAGAUCGGUCAGAUCUAUGAAUCAUGUUCAUCUGUGAAGAAGAACAAGAAAGAUCUGCAGUUUGACUUCUCUUCUCUCCCGAGUCUCGCAGCAGAGAUGAUGAUCUCUGGAUUUCCACUGGAGCUGAUGGAUGGAGAUGCUGCUCAUGUUCCUGUGAUCUGGAUCUCUGCUGUUCUAGAUGAACUCAUCCAGAAACUGGGAGACCAGAGAGUCUUUGUGCUGUCAGUUUUAGGGAUUCAGAGCUCUGGGAAAUCCAUCAUGCUGAACGCCAUGUUUGGACUGGAGUUUGCCGUCAGUGCUGGCAGGUGCACCAGAGGAGCUUUCAUGCAGCUGGUCAAAGUCUCAGACGAGAUGAAAACACAGAUGAACUUUGACUAUAUUCUGGUUGUUGAUACUGAGGGUCUUUGUGCUCUAGAACUAUCUGGAAGUUCAACAAGACAUCAUGACAAUGAAUUGGCCACAUUUGUUGUUGGUCUUGCAAACCUGACCUUAAUCAACAUCUUUGGAGAAAACCCAUCUGAGAUGCAGGACAUUCUUCAGAUUGUUGUUCAGGCCUUCCUGAGGAUGAAGAUGGUCAAACUGAAUCCCAGCUGUGUGUUUGUGCAUCAGAACGUCUCAGACGUCACGGCUGGAGAGAAAAAUGAGGAGGGAAGGAGGCAACUGCUGCAGACACUGGAUGAGAUGACAAAACUUGCUGCUGAAGUGGAAGUCUAUGAUGCAGAAUGUUUCAGUGAUGUCAUUAGAUUUGAUAUUCAGAAAGAUGUGAAGUAUUUUGCUCAGCUCUGGGAGGGAAACCCACCGAUGGCACCACCAAACCCAAACUACUGUGAGAAUAUUCAAGAACUAAAGAAAACUAUACUUUCACAUGCUUCGAGAUCAGAUAUAAUGAUGCUGAUAGACCUAAAAGAUCGUAUUAAAGAUCUCUGGGAGGCUUUACUCAAGGAACGAUUCAUCUUAAGCUUCAGAAAUUCUCUGGAGAUUUCGGCCUACAGGAAACUGGAGACAAAAUACAACAAGUGGUCCUGGAGUCUUCACUGUGCCAUGAUGGAAACUGAGAACAAAUUACUCAACCAAAUAGAAAAUAGAGCAAUUAAUGGGGUUGAGGAAACCGAUCUUCAAAGAGAAUUGAAGAAUACAAGUGAUGAAGUGGAGAAAUCAAUGUCAGAAUUAUUUGGGAAAGACUUAGAUGCAGAAAUACUGAUUCAGUGGAAAACGUCAUUUGAAAUCAAAAUCAAAGAUAUUCAGGAAAACAUUGUGAGAGAAACAACGAAGAAAUUAAAGGAGAUUCUUCAGCAGCGGGACCUGAAGAAAAGCAUUGAAUCUCAGAGGAAACAUCAUGAAAACACUCUCUAUGAAAAGAGCAAAGAACUUGGCUUAAAACUCAAAUACAAAGCAAAUGAUGAAGAAGCACUGAAUAAAACAUUUGAUUUGUUUUGGAAACAGUGUGUGAAAAAGAUAAUCAGAGAUACUCCUGCAAUCAGAGAUAUUGACAUAAAAAGCGAUGUGAAAGAGAUCCUCAGUGAUGUCUAUGAAAGUGCUUCUGUAAUGAAGAGGAAGAGGAAAAAUAUUUUCCAUGUGACCAGUUAUGCAGAUUAUGUACGGUUAAAGAAAACCAGUGGAUCUACAGGAUCUUUCACAUAUCUCUACAGGACGGCUAAAGAGACAUUUAGUCACAGUCUCUCUAAAGAAGAUGAAACCCAAAUAAGAUCAUUAAUCACAGAUGUUGCUCAGCAGACAGAAAGAAUGAUUGAGUCAUUUAAUAUUUCAAAGAUGGGCUACAACAUCAGCUGCAUUCAACUACUUACAGAUUACAUCAAGAGAAAAGUAACAGAACAUCAGGAUGGAUCAGAGAAAUAUGUGUUUGAGAAGGAAUUUUUUGUGGAUUUGGUUUAUUCCAUCUGUAAGAGAGCAAUUAAUACGAUCAUUGACCAACACACACUGUUCAGGGAAACAAUAUGGUUUAAGAAACGAGAACAAUACUACAGUAUUUUCCAGAAAUACUGUCAUGGAGCGACAUCUGCUGCCAUUUUUGGAGUGAUAAUCUGUCAGAAACUGAAAGAGCCCAUUGAACAGAGUGUCUACAAGAAGACUGCCAGAAAUCUGACGGAUGAAAUAAUGAAAAACUGUGAAUCGCUGAAUGGAAACAGAUCAAAUCUAGAAAAACACAUCCUGAAGUCACUGGCAGAGAAUGAGGAUUGUCACAAAUACAUGAACUACAUUUAUAAUCCCAAAGAUUACUUCAAGAGGUUCAUCAGAGAUGAAGUCAGUCGGUACAUCACUGAUAAGUUCAAUGUCAGUGUUUUACCCAAGAUGAAGGAGAACAUUGAACUCCUGAAGCAGAAGAUCAUGAAAGCAGCACAUGAAUCUACUGAACAUGUUCAAGAGAACAGAGAUGUUGGUUUAUGGUUGAAGAGUUUCACACAGCAGCUCUCAGAUGUGCUGAUCUUCUCUGUAAAAGACCUCAGAGCAGUGAAACAUGAUGUUGAUAAUUUUAACCUCCUUGAAGAUGCGAUCCGAAAAGAACUUCCUGCAAUAAUGUCUGAUAUCAGCAGUAGAUUGAACAGAAAGACUUUCCCAGCAAACCUGGACAGUAAUUUCAGGCCAGAUGAGCUUCUGAUUGAUCACUUCUGUCAGUGCUGUUGGGUUCAGUGUCCGUUCUGUGGAGCCGUCUGCACCAACAUCAUAGAAAACCAUCAUGGAGAUCACAGUGUUGAAUUCCACAGAUUGAGAGGAAUCAAUGGCACAUUUUGCCAUUCAACAACAAAUCACUGUGCUGAUAUUUGUACAAAUUUAGUGGCAAGUGAUCAGUAUUUUUAUACAUCAGAUGGAAGAUUCCCUUUUAGAGAAUACAGAAAAGCAGGUGAAGAUUAUGCUAACUGGAGCAUCACUCCUGAUCUCUCUGAACUGCCCUACUGGAAGUGGUUUGUGUGCAGAUUCCAGAAACAUCUGGAAAAAUACUACAAUAAAACAUUUGAGGGGAGUGGUAAGAUUCCAGAUGAAUGGAGAAAAUACUCUAAACAGGAUGCCAUUGAGAGUUUGGAUAAAUACAUCUAAUGGCUCAAAUAAAUAUGGAGACUCUCCUCAGAUUCUCCUCAGAUCACAUUCAGAAAUUUCACAGGGUUUCUAUUCCAUUUAUCAGUUCCAUUUAUUUAAAUAUCUUAAACAUUUUGCAAUUGGGAAAGGUACUUUCCAGAACCUUUUAGUCAUGUAGGCACAUGCUAUAAAAUGUCUAGGUUUUCUCAUGCAUAUACUUUCAGAACUUAAUACUUUGCAUUUUGCAAAGACCUUACUUCCUUACAUUACUCAUUUUACUAUACUUAAUAUUUCAUCACUUAGAUACAAUACUUGGUAUAUUUAGUUGGACUUAGUCAUGUUUUAAAAUUAGUACUAGAUUCAUGUGUUUAUUUCAUUUUCAAGUUUAUUUCCUACUGAACCUUUUAUUUUUACUUGAUUCUGUUACUUGUUUUUACAUUAUUAUUUUUAUCAGACCUGUAAUUGUUAUACUCAAUUUACUUUAG